AGGAGGAGGAGGAGGAGGUGAGGACAAACCCGAGCACAAGGGGACUGGUUCAUUGGCUGGCUGCUGCCAGUAGCCCAUAGCCCAUAUCUUUUCCUUUUAUCCGAAAACAACAGCAGAGUUUUGUUAAUGUCUUUGAGUUGCCAGGUCGGAAAAUAAACCCCCCCAACCAGCAUUACUACGACUAAGCUACCGAGCGGACGGUAGCAUGAUAGUCGCGGAGGGCGCUCGGCACGAAGAGGGCCCGUAUCUGCAUCGUCCCGCUGCGCCGACGCCGAGUUCAUUGAGUCGGUGAGCCCCGCGACCAGCGUCCGAACAUGGGGAAGGAGGUGAACGGCGUGUCGCGGAGCCGCUUCGAGAUGUUCACAAACAGCGACGAGGCAGUCAUCAAUAAGAAGCUGCCCAAGGAGCUGUUGCUAAGAAUCUUCUCCUUUCUGGAUGUGGUAACACUCUGUCGCUGUGCCCAGGUCUCACGGUCCUGGAAUGUCUUGGCCUUGGAUGGCAGCAACUGGCAACGAAUUGACCUCUUUGACUUUCAGAGGGACAUUGAGGGCCGGGUGGUGGAGAACAUCUCGAAGCGAUGUGGGGGUUUUCUUAGGAAGCUCAGCCUGCGGGGGUGCCUGGGUGUGGGUGACAGUGCCCUGAGGACCUUCUCACAGAACUGCAGGAACAUUGAGCUGCUCAGUCUGAACGGCUGCACCAAGAUCACUGACAGCACGUGUAACAGCCUCAGUAAGUUCUGUCCAAAGCUGAAGCACCUGGAUCUCUCCUCCUGUACCUCAAUCACCAACCUGUCACUCAAAGCUCUCAGUGAGGGUUGUCCCCUGCUGGAGCAGCUCAACAUCUCUUGGUGUGAUCAGGUCACCAAGGAUGGAGUCCAGGCCCUGGUCCGCUCCUGCCCUGGAAUCAAGGGCCUUUUCCUCAAAGGCUGCACGCAGCUAGAAGACGAAGCUCUGAAGCAUAUCGGGGCUCACUGUCCGGAGCUGGUCACACUCAACUUGCAGACAUGUUCACAGAUCACAGACGAGGGCCUCAUCACAAUUUGCAGAGGUUGUCAUCGCCUGCAGUCUCUGUGUGUGUCGGGCUGUGCCAACAUCACAGACGCCAUCCUCCACGCCCUGGGACAGAACUGCCCCCGCCUCAGAAUAUUAGAAGUAGCCCGCUGCUCCCAGCUUACAGAUGUGGGUUUUACUACAUUAGCAAGGAAUUGUCACGAGCUUGAGAAAAUGGAUUUGGAAGAAUGUGUGCAGAUCACAGAUGGGACGCUCAUCCAGCUGUCGAUCCACUGUCCUCGUCUGCAAGUCCUAAGUCUGUCUCACUGUGAGCUGAUCACCGACGAUGGCAUCAGACACCUCGGCAGCGGCCCCUGCGCUCACGACCGUCUGGAGGUGAUCGAGCUGGACAACUGCCCCCUGAUCACGGACGCCUCGCUGGAGCACCUGAAGAACUGCCACAGUCUGGACCGCAUCGAGCUGUACGACUGCCAGCAGAUCACCCGCGCUGGUAUCAAGAGACUAAGGACCCAUCUGCCUAACAUCAAAGUGCACGCGUACUUCGCUCCCGUCACUCCGCCGCCCUCCGUCGGGGGAAGCCGCCAGAGGUUCUGCCGCUGCUGCGUCCUGCUAUGAUGUAAAGACAACGACCCCCCCCUCCCUUCCCCGUCCCAGUGUCACGCUCCUCGCAGCCCGUCACUUGACCCCUGACCUGCUGUCCACCCCCCCGCCCCCCGUCACAGAGUACAUGCUGGUGUGUCCCCCCUUUUUGGAGCUGCAGAGAGAGGGAGGGAGCCACAACAACGCAACCGGGUCUUGGGUAACUUUUCCCCCAAAAACAUUCCCAAACCCUCCCCGUCACACCUACACACACACACACACACACACACACACACACACACACAGCCUUUUACACAAGCCGAUAAGCAGACACACCUGUACACCCGCAGAUAAACUCUGAGAAGAAUGUCAGAACAUUCCCUGGGCUGUGUUCAAUGGACAAACCAGUAUUACAGAGAGGGUUGUGUAAAAGAAAUCGCCACCAUCACCGUGUGAUCGCCAUCGUUAAGGAUUUAACUCUUCAUACAAAAGAGUCACUCGACGAGAUCUUCACGUCAAAAACAACGGUCCCUGUAUUCACGAGCAGCCAGACUUACUUCAAUUACUUUAGCACUUUGAGACAAAUUGCAGUGACAGCUUUUAAAACGAGACCAUUAAAUAGGCUGAAAUAUCCCACUUAACCUCUCACACACACACACACACACACACACCCUUCCACUGGUGUGUUCAAGGUCACUCUACCGCUACCUCUAGACGGGAACUGCACUUGAGUGAUACCAGGCUGUUCAUUUACAAAAAAAGAGGCAGCCCCCCCCCCCC